AUGUACUUCAUUAUUAUAUUAUUAUCUUGCCUUAUACUAGAUACGUGUGAAGCCAAGUAUUCGUCGAAAAAGCCCAACAGAAAAGCACAGAACGUUGUUAACAAUAAGUUGAGCCACUCCAAUGAAACCAAACCACUUUUGAUGUAUGACUUUGCAGUCACGAACUACGAUUUCAAUGAAGUGAAUUACACAAACAGAUGGGAAUGCUAUGGCAAUGUAGACAACGCCAACAUUAGAAUUUUGGGAUUGAACAGAAACACAAGAUGUUAUGUAACAACGACUUUUAUGUUCAACACAAUUGGUGAUAAGAAAUACAGUCGGUGUGGGACACAAAUCUUGAUCACUGGACCUUCUCAAAAGACCGUUAUAUGUAUGAUCACUGGUGUCAUGGAUAUUAAGAUAUCUGCUGAAACUUAUGGGAUGAAAUAUCGUUUAAUCGGUGUUGAGUCUUCUAUAUACAAUCAAGUAACUGGUGGGUUUAAUAGUAUUAUUCCAUACCUCUCUCAAGCAACUAUAGUCGACUCCAAUCGAGACUAUGGAGUGAACCCAGAAGUCUAUCUUAUAAAUAACACUGAAAAUGAAUAUAAAGUACAAGUGAUCAAUUCGAAUGUUAUAGUUACAAGAAUAAAGGUCAUAUGUGAGACGUACACUGGUAUAUUUUAUCAAGAUGAAAAUGCUUCUUUCACGAUACAGUUGAGUGGAACUGUAUGUCAGAUGUAUUUGUAUUCAUUUGAUGAUGUCAAAAUAGACUCUGAAUUGUUCAAUAUAACCGACUUCAUCAAGAGAAGAAGUGUACAAGUGACUGAUAGAUUUCCAUCGUCAAAGCGAACUGAAUACAAAUUUGUAAUGGAAAAGAAUAUCUACACUGGUGUUGUUCAAAAGGAUAAAGUCGACUUUUUCUCUUGGCAAUUGUGGAGAUUCAACCCAGACUUAAAGACUUGGAAAGUCUCUUUGGAUGUUCCGAAGUAUGUUGAAAUGAAACCCAAUUAUGUUACUGAUGGAAAGGGGAUGCUUUCUUUUGGAUUCUUCUACCCAACUGAAAUAUCAAUUGAGAACGACUUUGAUGAGUUGCACUUGGAAUAUGAACUUGAGGAUAUCAGUGACUUCGAAGUUAUUAAAGCUAAUGUUGGAUUUAAGAGUAAGUACGGUGAUGUUGACUUAGAUGGUAUCACUUUUGUCGAAGAUAAUAUGAAAGAAAAGCACUUUAUAAAUGUCAAGAAUAAAACAGUGAGUGUCAGAAUUGCUUUCAACCCAACAAGAAAGUAUUUCAACAACUUUUUGACGAUCGAGCAGUUCAUCAAAAAUGACACAUAUCUUCGUCUUACAAGUGCAAUACUUGUGAGAAACAAAGAAUACGACAAUUAUGAAAUUUGUGAUCAUACUGCUUGGGACUGUGCAGGUACUCAAUGCACAAUAACAGACAACGCUACGGAUGUUGGUCAAACCAAAUUCGAAGGCCGAUGUCGUCCUCAAUGUGGAAUAUGUCGAGAUGGGUAUGAUUGCACGACUAUUGGUAUAUGUGAAGCCGAGAAGAGUAACAACCUGAGAAGUGCAUCGACGCGUUUAAUAGUCUUACUUGGAUUCUUCCUGUUCUUCACAUUCUAA